GCAGACCAAUCCGAUUCUCGAAAUGUGCUAGCACCCAUCUCGGCGACACCAGAAUCCCUUCGCCAGAUCCCGGCCAAGGGACACCCAGCACCCAGGAUGACGCUCUGUAAAUUCUUCUUGCAGGGCAACUGCAGAUUCGGCAGUAGCUGCAGAUUUGAACACACCAACCCAGGGGGCAGCAGCAAUUACAACAAUAACUACAACUCCAACAACCGAAAUCAGCCCCAGUCGAAUCGUUUCGGAGCCCUCGGCGGAGCGGGAGGAGGCACUCAAAGCCUGGCUGAAAAAUACGCCAUUACCACUGAAGCGAUCGAGCGAGACCUCACAACAGAGACCCCAACAUGGAUCCUCUCAGCGUAUGCUCCUGGGCGAGACACCCCCGAGCAGCUGUUUGGAGGAUACCCGCGAGAACAAAGUUUUGAGGAGAUGCGGCUUCAUUUCAUGAUGGGAAAGGCUUCAGGCAGUGAACAGCAGGCUCUGAGCGAAGCACAAGCGCUCUACACCAACGCGCAGCAGCAGAUGCAGAAUGCUGUCCGCAGCCCCCUAGAUGCCGUCGAAUUCCUCACCAGCGCCGAGAACAAACACCCGAAUCGAUUAGAUAUAUGCAGGGAAGGGACGCAGGGAGCCCCCUUUGGAGAAUUCCUGGUCGGAAAGAGGCCCAAGUCGAUUGUCCCCGACCCCUCGACCCAGUCCUCGAAUCCCUUUGCGACCAACAACAACACAUCUCCCUUUGGCGGAGGAGCUUCUGCUCCGCAGACCAGUGCUUUUGGACAGCCUUCGGCCCUAGGACAGCAGGCCAACCCAUUCGGCACGCCUUCAUUUGGACAGCCAUCGCAACCUACCUCUGCGUUUAGCCAAGCGGGAGCGCAAGGAGCAUCCCCCUUUGGUCAACCAUCGCAGGCCCCUUCAGCGUUUGGCCAGCCUUCAGCUCUGGGCGCGAAACCCAACCCAUUUGGGGCUCCAUCGCCCGCAGCGCCUUCGCAACCGAAUAACCCAUCUAACGCGUUUGGCCAGCCCAGUCAGCUCGGCCAGAAGGUGAACCCAUUCGCAGCGUCAGCGAAUACCAACAACAACGCCAGUCCCUUUGCUUCGGCAGCAAAUAAUGCUCCGGCAGCCAACCCAUUUGCAUCAACCUCCGGGCAGACAAACCAAGGAGCAAGCCCAUUCGCUUCCACUAACGCCAACCAGAACAACAACGCACCCAGCCCAUUUGCGCAACCGGCGCAGAGCGCAUCUCCGUUUGCGCAGCAGCCAACGCCUGCAGCGUCAAACCCCUUCGCAUCCACGACACAAGGGCCAUCUCCAGCGAACAAUAACCCUUUCGCCCAAGCCCAGCAACCGCAACAGCAAAAUGGAUUUGCGUCACAGCAGAGCCAACAAAACCAGUCGAACCAGCAACAGGCCAAUAACCCUUUCAACCAGCCUUCUAACCCGACACCCGCUGUGCAGCAACCGCAACAGCUGCAACAGCCGCAACAAUCCCAGAACCCUCCAGGACAAGCUAGCAACCCUUAUCCACCCGGUAGCAGCAAGCAGCAUCCUCCAAUUGAAAGUUACAGCUCCAAGGGCAUGGAUGGCCGUCUGUCCAUGUUCAAGGGCAAGCCAGUCAUCUAUGAGGAUGGCAUACCUGGGAUUCGCGAGCUUAGCGGUACCUGGCGCCGGAUCUGGUUCCCUGAUGGGCCACCUGGAUUCACUCAGGACACUGAACUGCCUGCGGAUCAAUACGAUAGCAAAUCUAAGGCCCAAUGGAUGUCAUUUGCACAGACGGGCACCUUCCAGGACGGUCUGAUGCCCGAGUUGCCGCCACCAAGGGAAUGUACAGUGUGGGACCUAUGAGGAGCGCAUAUGUAAAACGACAAAAAGAGGAGGGAGAGAAUUAGGGACUGGCGUUGAAUAUUGAAAUAGAUCCAGGGUUGUAUUUAUUAACUGGCGUUGAGUACGAUAUUGUCAUGGGAUGUAGGGCUCGGAUGCACCUUCGCAGGAGGUACCUAG